AUGGGCCGCGCCUGGUGCCGGCUGGAGCAGCUGGCCUUCAUGUCCGCGCACUCGCACCUGGACCGGCUGCCCGCCUACACGUGCGGCGGCGGGACGGUCUUGCAGCCCCUGUUUCCCGACCACCAGGGCGACCCUGCCUUCAGGCGCGGCGAGACCGGCUUCCCGUACUCGGAGCGGCUGCUGCGGGUCAUCACAGGCGCGGACGCCCUCGACGCCGGCGGCCACCCUUGGCAGGUGGCGCUGGAGGUGAUGAGCGGCAGCUUCACGUGCUGCGCCCGGCGCCACCCCGACGGCAUGCCGUGCGACAAGGCCCGCGUCGUGGGCGCGAUGCUGGGCAUCCUGUGGCGCCUGAAGGCGGCCGGGGCAGACGGCGGCCAGGGCGCCUCUCAGGUGCGGAUGCUUUUGCGGGUGGUGGACGAGAACCCAGAGCAGUUCUUCCCCAGGGAGGCAUCCCACGUGUUCACCUGCAGGGGGCCUCGGCGGAGGACGCCGAAGGAGGUAAAAGAACUCUUCGGCGACCUCGUCGUGAUCAUGGACGAGCUGUUCGAGCAGCGCUCGCGCCACGGGCGCAGGUCCCGGGAGGCGGAGCUGCACUCCGAGGGCGACACGGACUCGGAGAGUGGCUGCAGCGAGACCGAGUAG